AUGCCAGGUCCUCCACCUCCACCGCCUCCCCCUCCGCCUCCUCCUCCAGGGCCAGGCAUGGGAGGGCCUCCUCCGCCGCCUCCUCUUCCUGGAGACUCGCUCCCGCCAGGACCUCCAAAAGCGAUCCCAAAAGGUCGAGAUGCUUUACUAUCCGAUAUAACAAAGGGAGCCAAACUGAAGAAGGCCGUUACUAAUGACCGUUCAGCGCCAAUGAUAGCAUCAAAGGCAGGCAGCGGAAGUGGCCCUGUGGCUGGCGCGCCACCAAUCCCGGGAAUGAGAGCACCAAGCGGUCUGGCACCGCCAGUGCCGAGCGGAAACCGAGCACGAAGUAAUAGUGAUACGGGAGGAGAUACUACGGGCGGCAUGGGAAUGGGAGGUGCUCCGCAGCUGGGUGGUUUGUUCGCAGGUGGAAUGCCUAAAUUGAAGAAGACGAGAGGCGGAAUCGACACUGGUGCCGGUCAUGAUGGUGCUCAUUCGGACUCAGAAACCAGCCAUCAACCAUCCGCUCCUCGUCCUCCUACCAACGCAGCACCUCCUCCGCCUUCAAUAAAGGCUCCUCCCAUUCCUGGGUUCAGACCGCCUCUUCCACAAUCUACAGACUCGGCUCCGGCUGUCCCCAGCCCCCUGGCCCAUCUCAAAAAACCGCCUCCUAAACCUCUUUCAAAGCCGUCGUCUGCGGUCAAUCUGACAAUCGGAAAGCCUCCACCUCCUCCCCCAGCAUCAAGAAAAGUGAGCACAUCGGGGCCACCUCCUGCUCCUCCGCCUCCUCCACCUUCAUCUUCAAGUCCAGCUCCUCAGGCGCCACCACCUCCUCCGCCUCCGCCGCCAGCAACAAGCUCUGCUCCUCCAGCACCUCCUCCGCCGCCGCCUCUGACAUCCAGCCCUGCUCCUCCCGCUCCUCCUCCACCGCCUCCACCUGUUCUCUCAUCAAGCACUACUCAUCCGCCACUACCUUCAAGCGCAAGUCCGGCGCCCCCGACGCCUCCACCUCCACCUCCGCCUCCAAGCAGUGCGCCUCCUUUCUCAGCACCGCCUCCGCCACCGUUGCCGUCUUCUACGGCACCAGAACCACCUUCCAGGUCAACGCCGCCUCCACCACCUCCUGGACCUCCACCGCCGCCGAGUUCGCAUCCAAAAACGAAUGGUGUCGGUUCUUCUUUUGCUAUGCAGGCUGCAAGUGCCGCUUUUGGUAGACAACCAUCAUAUGGAGCUUCAGAAGCUCCUCCUUCACCAUCCUCACCGGUUUCACCGGCACCGUCUAGACCAGUAUCACAACUUCCCUCGAGGUCAACCUUAGAUGCAAGUUCUUAUACUCUAACAAAUGGAAGCUCGGUCGGUUCAUUGGGGCGAUCAGGGCCCAUCAAGAUCGAGGACAAUCGAUGGAAAUUCCAGGACGAAUCGCAACUACCGCCCCCUCGACAAUUCACGGGGGUACCUAAAAGAUAUCGAGCAGGAAGAGGGAGUAGUGUCCCGCUUGAUCUUGCAAGCUUGGAAUGA